AUGUGUGAUACAUUUAAUAGUUCAUUCUUCCAUGUUCGUAUUGAAUCGAUGGGUGUUGUUAGGGCGUACUGGAAUAUAAAUAGUUAUCCCUACGACGCCCACACCCUCCCCACUUACACAAACGACGCCCACACCCUCCCCACUUACACAAACGACGCCCACACCCUCCCACUUACACAAACGACGCCCACACCCUCCCCACUUACACAAACGACGCCCACACCCUCCCCACUUACACAAACGACGCCCACACCCUCCCCACUUACACAAACGACGCCCACACCCUCCCCACUUACACAAACGACGCCCACACCCUCCCCACUUACACAAACGACGCCCACACCCUCCCCACUUACACAAACGACGCCCACACCCUCCCCACUUACACAAACGACGCCCACACCCUCCCCACUUACACAAACGACGCCCACACCCUCCCCACUUACACAAACGACGCCCACACCCUCCCCACUUACACAAACGACGCCCACACCCUCCCCACUUACACAAACGACGCCCACACCCUCCCCACUUACACAAACGACGCACACACCCUCCCCACUUACACAAACGACGCCCACACCCUCCCCACUUACACAAACGACGCCCACACCCUCCCCCCUACACAGACGACGCCCACACCUUCACCCCUACACAGACGUCCACACCUCCGCCCCCUACACAACACCCACACCUUCACCCCUACACAGACGACGCCCACACCUACCCCCCUUACACAAACAACACCCACACCUCGGUUCACCUUCACAUUACACAACCCAAUACAGCCAUGUCCUUCACAACCUCUCCCUCCAUGGAGGAAGCAGCUCCCUGCGCUCCUGGAAGUCGUGCUAUUAG